CGGAAAUAAAGUGGCCAUGAAAGGUUAAAUGUUCUAGUCAUUCUAGUGUUACUUCGCUGGCGGUUCCGCGAGGUGGUUUGGAACUUUUCCAUCCGGGACUCUUUGGCGUUCGUGGGCGGAAGUCGCGGCCCUGGAGUGCGGUGUGCAGAGCUCUCUGAGGUGCAGCCUGAGGGAUUUUCAGUGUCUCCGAGCUCCUGGGACCCCUGAAAUCAUUCAGGCCUCAGGAUUUCCUGCUGUACCACGGCUAGCCUUGCUUCAGCAUCUGUGACUCUUGAGGAAUUUGUAUUUGCUACCGAGAAACAUCAAGACUAGAAGAUCAGAGGAGACAUGGCUGCUGAUACGAAUUUCCGACAGAAGAUCCAACCAUUGGGUGCAGAGGUGCAGCAUGGGUCGUGUGAGAGGUGGAUGUCCUUUGAGGAUGUGACCGUGAACUUCAGCCAGGAGGAGUGGCAGCAGCUGAACUCUGCCCAGAGACGCCUGUACCAGGACGUGAUGCUGGAGAUCUACAGCCACCUCUUGGCAGUGGGGUAUUCCAUUCCCAGCCCCGGAGUCAUCUUUAGAAUGGAAAAAGGAAAGGAGGCACAGGCAGGAAAGGCUGAACUUCCAGGCCAACACUGUCAAGAAAAAUCAGGAAUUGACACCUUACCACAGACAGUAUCUGAGAAAGCUUCAGUUCAUAGUGACAUGGCAAGUGAAGUCAUAAGAGAUGGUUCAUGGUGUUCCCCUUUACAAGAACUACAGCAGGAUGCUGAUACUGCUAAGAGAGAUAAACAAAACCAGUUUCUACCCUUGCCUCCUGGUACUCUCCUCAAGAAAACUCUGAGUACAAGUAGUGGUCAUAAAUAUCAAAAUCCUGGGGAAAUUAUUCCUUUGAGAUCCUACCUCAUUUCUACACAAGAGAAUUUUCCACGAUAUUGCUUACUUCCAAAAUGUUUGGAGCUAAAUCUAGGAGCAAAUGGUCGGAAUGAAAGCAGUGUCACAGAACAGCUUAUUAACAUUGUUGCAUCCAGUCAGCUCCUGAUACAAGGCUCUUGUAAUGCUAACUGUGUGGUUACUCGUGGAGGAGAAGAAUCAUGCAGAAGUACUGAGAAUGGAGAUGUUCUCAGCCAUAAACAACCACCGAUACAUGAAAACCAUUCUCAGGAGAAAGCAGACCCAGGUUCUCAGUGUGGGGAGGUAUUUUAUGCCAUAUCUGUGCACAAACCUGAGAUCACUCUCUCUCUGGACAGACCUAUUGUUUCUUACAAUGGUGGGAAGGCCUUCCUUUAUGUGUCGGAUUCAUCAAAUUAUCCAUUUCAGCUGAAGGUGGAUCAUCUAGGUCACACUGGAGGGGAGCUUUACAAAUGCAGCAGUUGUGAGAAAUCCUUUUGUACUGAGGCUGCACUCCAAGAGCAUGAGCAAAUUCACACAGAAGAGAAACCGUACGUGUGUACACUGUGUGGAAAAGCCUUCAGAGAUAGGUCAGCUUUCUAUGAACAUGAAUUGAUUCACAAGAAUCACACGCCUUUUAUCUGUGACAAAUGUGGGAAGGCCUUCUUACGUAAGUCAGAGUUGACAUCCCAUAAACAAAGUCACAAUGGAGAGAAGCCUUACAAAUGCAAUGACUGUGGAAAAUCCUUUAAGUUUCCAUCUCAACUGAAGGUGCAUCAUCAAAGUCACACGGGUGAGAAGCCUUAUGAAUGCCGUGAGUGUGGAAAGUCAUUCAGUAAAACAGCCAAACUCAAGGUGCAUCAACGGAUUCACACAGGGGAGAAACCUUAUGUGUGUUCUCAGUGUGGAAAGGCCUUUAAUCAGAAAUCAAUACUAGACAGGCAUGAAAAACUUCACCCUGGGGAGAAGCCUUAUAAAUGCAGUGACUGUGGGAAGUCAUUUAAUUAUCCAUCCCAACUGAAGGUACAUUGCCAUAGUCACACAGGGGAGAAGCCUUAUAAAUGCCAUGAGUGUGGGAAAUCGUUUAAUUUUCCAUGUGAACUGAAGGUGCAUUAUCAGAAUCACACGGGAGACAAGCCUUACAAGUGCCGUGAAUGUUGGAAACUGUUCAGUAAAAUGUCCCAACUGAAGGCACACUAUCGAGUUCACACCGGAGAGAGACCUUAUAAAUGCAGCCAUUGUGGAAAAGCCUUCUCUACUAAGGAACAAGUCCAAGAGCAUGAGCGAAUCCACACAGGAGAGAAACCCUUUGUGUGCACUGAAUGUGGAAAAGCCUUCAGUAGCAGGUCAUCUUUUCGUAAACAUCAGUUAAUUCACACUAAAGAGAAGCCUUUUGUCUCUCAGAAAUGUGAGACAGGCCUCCAGGAGUCUGCUUUGAUACCCCAUCAGCAACUUCAUAUUGGUGAGAAACCUUACAAAUGCCCUGACUGUGGGAAGUUGUUUAAUUAUCCAUCCCAACUGAAAUCCCAUUAUCAAAUCCACACAGGAGAGAAGCCUUGUAAAUGUCUUGAUUGUGGGAAAUCAUUUAGUAAAACAUCUCAACUGAAGGCACAUUCUCGAAUUCACACAGGAGAGAGGCCUUAUGUGUGUUCUGUGUGUGGAAAGGCCUUCAAACAAUUGUCAACAUUGAGCAGACAUGAAAAGAUUCACCUGGUUGAGAAGCCUUACAAGUGCAAUUUCUGUGGGAAAUCAUUUUGUUCUCCAUCUGAACUGAAGGUGCAUCUUCUCAUUCAUACAGGAGAGAGACCUUACAAAUGCAGCAACUGUUGGAAAGCCUUUUGUACUAAGGUCCAACUCCAAGAGCAUGAGCGAAUUCACACAGGAGAGAGACCUUAUGUGUGUACUCACUGUGGGAAAACCUUUAGAAGCAGUGCAAGCCAUGUCUGUGUCUGAGGGUGCCUCUCCUGGUCCUAUGGAGCACUUGGUCGAGUCGGUGCUGAUGGACUCUGUGUCUCAGGGAGCAGCUCUUAGUCCAGUCGGCGCUGGUGGGCUCUGUCUCAGGGAGCAGCUAUUCCCAAUUGGUGCAGGGUGAGUUUAUCUUGGGUGGUCACUGGUGCCACUGGGGAUGGUUGGCUUGGCAAGGGAACAGCGGAAGAGGCAGCUGUCAGGUCCCUGGGGCUCCUAUGGCUGGGGGGAGGGGCUAGAGACCUGGUCUGCCCAGUCUGGAGAUGGGGCCUUACCUGUUCCCAAUUGGUGCAGGGUGGGCUUUUGGCCGUGAACUUUUUUUAAAAGUAAAGUUUGGAGGCUUGAGAAAUGGCUCAGUUUGUGUUUCCAACAUACAGGUUAAAAAGCUGAGCAAAGUGAUGUGCGCCUGUAAUCUCAGUGUUUGGAGUGGGCUGGGGAACCGGAGACAGUAGACUCCACAGAGCUUGUUAUCACCCAGCCUAGUGAAAUUGGUUGUUGCAGGUUCAGUGAGAAACUUCAUCUCAAAAACUAGGGCGUUGAUCUGGAGAAAUGGCUCAGCAGGUAGGUGUGCUUGCUGUUCUUCAGAGGUUGAGUUCAGUUCCUAGCCCCAAUGUCAGGUUGCUCACAACCACCUAAAACUUCAGUUCCAGGGUAUGUGAUGUCCUCUUCUGGUCUUCACAAGCAAAAACACAUGUAGCAUACAUUCCACAUAGAAACACACGUGUGUACAUAAAUAAUAAAAGUAAAUCUUUAAAAAAUAGGUUGUUUUAGCCUACUGGCUAUGGGUGGGAUAGGACCUCUGUUGGUCUUUUCUGUGUCAAACACACAGAUUGCAAGUCCAGUGCCACUUUGAGAUCUUUGGCAGCAGUUAACUCUGCAGCUCACACACGAUUGAGCCUGUAUGAUAAUGAGUAUUCAGAGACGGGUAAUGUCUGGGGGGCACUCACCAACCUAAGCCAGAGCACCUGUGUGGCCUGGGCAGGCAUCUCCAUGAUGGGUAAGGUGACCUGCUGACGUCCCACGCAACCUAAGUCAGAAGCUCAUUUUUUAGUAAAAGGGGGACCUAUAGGACCCUGGCCCCCAUUUUGGGUAAGUGUUGCCUUGCUGGCUGACCUUGACCUUGAUAUCUUCCCUAUGCUAGUUCCUUGCCGGGUUCUACCCUCCUGAAUGCUUAAGGGAAGUUCCUUGUCUGUGUAUCCUGCAUAAUGGGCGUUAACAGCUUAGAUGCAAGAUUGUAAAACAUUGGUAGCGAACUUCUAUCCUCCAGGGUUCUCCCAUUAUGCUGUAAGCCUGUAUUUAAGACCUCUUCCCUCCUUUAAUAAACAGCAUUUGGUAUUAAAAAAAGAAAAAAAAUAGGUUGUAGUAGAAUGAAUAAGGAAGACACCAUUGUUGGCCUGUAGCCUCCAUGUCCAUGUGUACACAUGAACACAUACACACAACCACACAGGAAAAAAAUAAAAAUAAAAACGAUUUUGUUUGAUAUAGUUACAUUCGUUUGAAUAUAUAAGUUUAAAAAAAGUGUUUUGUGGUGGUUUCAGGGAACACUGAGAGAGGUCAGGGGACAGGCCUCAUCUAAUCAAGAGUUCACAGUGGAAAUGCACAGACCAUGGGUUUCCAAGAUUGCAGAGUCCUUGUUUUUCUGUCUCCAGCUAGCAUCUAGGGUGUGCACCUGACUUCAGGUUCAGGCAGGUGCUUGUUUCUUAUAUGGCCUCCCCAAACACCAGAGGGCAAUCUUUCUCUUCUAGAAAGCUACAUCUUCCUGGUGGUCCUGACCUCUUCCUGCACACUUUCUUCAGGGUAUGGUACUGUAACUCCUUUAUUCUUUUCCCCCAAACCCACCGUCUUCUCUCCCUUUUGGUCUCUUGCUUUCAUUUCUUCCUUUUUUUUCCCAGCAGGAAUCCAGUCAUUCGCUUCUUUUGUGUGUUUAGUCAUAGACUGAAGAAUCUGGAGGGUAAAUGGGACCUUAGCUUUGGAAUUGAUGGGUCUGAGGGACAAACAGGAUUUUGGGGGCUUGUUCAUAGCUUUGUGAAAAUGUCUCUUAGCUUUACUGUCAAGAGGUGAGCCACUUGUUUAGUGUAAGGCCCUGAAGUCACGCUGAGAGGUCAUGAAUGUAACUGAGUUUCCCGGGGAACAGCUCCUAUUAUAAUUGUGAAGAAAAGCCAAGACUUGAAUCCUGCUGUUUGUGGUUACUCUCAGCUCACGCGCUCUGCUUCCUAUUCCCCUACAGCCUUCUGUUAUGUGCAGUGAACUGCAGAGGGUCCAGCCUUCUGCAGAUCAGAGAGACUGGGAGGGAGAUGCAGAGUUGGUGGGGAAAACACACAGACAUCUUUUCUGAGGGGUAAAAUCUGCUUCUACUUCUUUUUCAGACACUCUUUCUUUCUCCAUACCAAGUCCGUCAUAAGAAGAGGGUUUUUCCUAUAAUCAAAAGUUACAUAGUUGCUACAUAAUCACCUUAAAAACAUUUUUUCUGGAACAGGUCAACCCCAUUACAUUUCUUAACCGCAACCUUACACAUUUUCUUACAAACCCACACUCAGUUAAACAUUCUUCUUUUAGACUUCUCACAGAUCAGGAGCCUUUCAGCUUGUUUACAUAGGCACUAGUUUUUGUAAUUGCCAGAAAAAUAGGUUACUUGUUUCAUUUUUUUAUAUUUUAGCGUUCUGUCCAAUUAUCUUAACUAACCAGCUAAUUCUUUGUUUUUCAAUUACAUGAAGUCAGUUAUUUUAACCUGUUUUAGCUAUGACACACACAGAAACCCAUGAACACAUUUCCCAACAUCAAAAAGAACUUGAGUUAGCCUGACUUCUGGGACUUCCUUAAUCAUGAACCUAAGCCAUAGUAUAUAUGACUCCUCAAAUGAAGCUCAUAAGUCCUAGCUAUAUGAUACUUCCUUGUUCCUAUUUUCUCUCCUCUGCAGUCCCUGCUUUAUCAUGGGUGGGGGCAACACUAUCCUACCUUUGCCUAUAUUAAUUUUUCCACUAAAUUAACUUCUAUCAUAAUCCCUUACUACAUUUGUUUAAAACCCUUAAUAAUCAAAAUUCUAUUUAGGCUAACACUAUUGUAUAAAAUCAUUACUCCAGCUAAACAGUACAUCUUAAGAGGAAAUCAUCUUCAUAAUAAUCCACAGGUAAAAAUGCCCAGCAGAGGGAAUAUUUUCAUGAGAUAAUCACACUACGUUAAAGGCAAUGGGGAUCCCCCCAUACCCAUUCACACCAUGCCAGAUAACGGAGAAAAAUGGCAGUGGUAAACAAGCAAAGGCACAGCAGUAGCAAGAAACAUGGAGCUGAAGCCCUCAGGACCUUGCCUAUCAGAGGUUUACCCAUCAAAGCCUUGCAUUCUGGUGAGCAGAAUUCCUGGAGCUCAGUUCCCGCCUGCUGAUCCUCAGAUGUGGCCACCGCCAGUGAACACCAUGAUAGAGAAUGUCAUCUGAUGUGAUCUAAAAACACUUCAUGGCUCCCAUGCCCCCCAAACCUACCUGGCACACCCUUUGAUAGUGCUAAGAAUUAAGCACAAUGCAGUAAUGGCGUGGUCUCAGCCCCAGGAGAAUAUUGGGAAACUAUCCUCAGUUGUUAAAUGGGGUGCAGACAAACACGCCUCCAAGAAAGCCCUGGUGGGGCAUCCUAAAGAAGCAGAGAGAAUUGGGAGCAUGAGGCAUUCAGAUGACACCCUGGCUGGGAUCUCCAGUGUUGAUAUGAAAAAACCACAUCUCUCACCUUAAAGGGAAUAGGAGAUAGUUUGUUUAUUCUAGAGCCAAAUUUGAGUGACUGUGGCCUGGCAGCACAGGUUUAGGUUACACCAAAUUCCUUGUUCCACUGGAAACAAGCUUCAUGAAGUUUUAUAGUUUUACAGAGCAAAGAAAGUCAUUAUCAAGGCACUUUUAAAAUAUGUUGAUGGGUAUAUCAGAAAGGUGAUCACAGCAAGAUGGAGGAGGCUCUCCUAUAGGUCUCAGAUGCUAUUUGAUGACAUUCUUAGCUUUUCAGCUGGUGAAAGCUAGUGAUCUGCUAAAUUAAUAGGCUCCAAAGGUUUUUAUUAGCCACAAGAUGUUAGUUCUGACAAAGGUGAGCAAUGAAUGGCUAUUCAGGAGCCAAUGCUAGCCUGAGAUGGGACUGCAGUGAUGGCUCAUCAGUUAAGAACACUGGCUGUGCUUUUUCAGAGGACCAGGUUCAACGUCCAGCACUCAUGUGACAGCUCAUGGGCAUUUAUAAUUGCAAUUCCAAGGGGUCUGACACCCUCUUCUGGCUGUUGCAUGUACAUGGGGCCUGGACAUGCAUUCAGGCAAAACAAUCAUAAAAUAAUAAAUUUGAAAACAAACUUCUCCAAGAUAAGGUGAUUAGCCUACGGACCUGCAGUACUGCAGCUUCUCCACAUCACUACAGUUCUAAUUGGUCCUUGCAGACACUGCUUCUUUCCCGGAAUUACACCAAGGAUCAUUUCCUGUUGAGCCUUGGAUGCCCCUUCCCUUUACCACUUGAUAGCCUUGCUGUGUUUACUCUGCUGACCUCUUCCCAUAACCUUGAGAUAGUACUUUCAUUUCUCAUUAGACUCUUACAGGUCUCUCCUCAGACUGCUGUAACAACCUUUUGCCCACUCCUCCUUUAUCAAGCAGGUCUUCAACCCUUCCUUUGAAAUUCAUCUCACUCAUUUACACUUAACAGAGAA